ACAACAAUGGCGCUCCCCAUGUAGCCGGCCUGUCUCCAGGGUCGCGGACAUCGCCGUGCGACCACAAAAUUAUGCACCAUCAGCCUCUAGUCAACGUAGAAAUUAAUUUCUAGUCGGCCAUGGAAGAGUCGAGUGGCAAGACGGAAUCGCCACAAUCCGUCGAAUUGUGCCUCGCUUCGAACGGCGACACAUUCCUCGUCACUCGAGAUUCGAUCGCCGCUGUUGACAAGCUGUCCCUCAGACUGGACUGUGCACUUAGUUUGGAUCAAAGCACCAAGGACUCGGUAACACAUUUCUUGGCUGGCACCAACCCCUUCGAUGCGGUCGUCGAGGCGCGGAUAUCGGCUGCGGUAGACGAGCGGCUGUUCUGGAGCAUCAUUGUAGAGCUUUCGAGAUCUCACAAUUACCGUAGGCUUUGCCUCGACAAAUUUCGAAGAAUGUGUCAAAAGUGCCGGCGGACGAAACGUACGAUAAAAAGCCACCCGGUGACUGUAAGCGUUGUUGUGCGUCUUGUGCCAUGGAAACCUGUGAUGGACAGGUCUUGGGAAGCCAAGAUUGGCCGCUUAGUGGUAGAACAACUCGAAUUGGAAAACACAAUGGCCUGGUUGUCAACCCUUGGUGGAGCUUUCUCUGCACUCGGCGAUUACUGCUCCAGAUUUGCUGAGGCAGCAGGACAAGUCUCGGUGAAGCAGUUGAAACUGGCUCUGCGCAUUGGUGACCCAGUGACCGUGUGCCGGUGCCACGUCUACCUCGCUAUGAGUUUGCUGCAGAGGGGUUACUUUCGCUCAUGCCGUCGAAUGCUGAGACCAACAGUGCCUGGCAAUGCCAACAAGUCCAGCAUCCCCGAAUGGCGUAUUGUUGAGCUCCAGGGUGAUCUGAUGACAAAUGACGAAGGCAUGGCUGGCCAAUACAUCGGUGAUCUCCAUUACACCAAAGCGGGCAUUCCGGUGCUGCUUGUUGGCCACCACAUCUUGUAUGGGAAAGAGCAGGACGUGGAAAAACCAUUUCUCGUAAUUGAAAAGUCUGGCGGAAAAGAAGGGGAAACACGAGGCAUUACGAAGGAGUACCUCGUUCGCGGUGUCGUCACAAAAAAGGUCAUCUUUCGGUCUCGUCCUAAGCCCAUUGUCAGCAACGUACCGACGAAAGUCUGAAGAGAAGCUGCAAAGCUGUAGGUGUGCCAGGAUAAUCAUGAUGUGUUCCUGUGACUGUAGAUUCCUCCUUUUCUUCCGAGAUGUGCCCGCUGAACAACAUUGAAAGUUAGCAUUGUGCACCUAAGAAGUUGAAAGUGAUCGUGAAAACAUAAGGUUUAAUGAUAUGACGGUGCCUGUUUCAUUUACAUUGUUGCAGUGACUCUAAAAAAUGAUUAGCUGGAGUGUUCUUACAUUGUAUAUUAUUGCUCGCUGUUUGAUAAUGCUCUUCAAGUACUCUUAUUUCACCAUAAAAUGCUGCUGUUUUGUUGUCUAAUGCACAAACUAUGCCGUUAUGAACAUACACAUGCUUUAUUUGCUAGUUUUACAGACUAUAAAAAACCAUUGAAUAUUGUAAAUAA